UGUUUGUCUACAGCAGCUACAUACACCACAACGGCUCAUUUAAGAGCCACAUCUUGAGAACGUCUUUGACUUUCAGCUACAUACACCACAACGGCUCUUUUAAGAGCCACAUCUUGAGAACGUCUUUGACUUUGUUGUUCCAGCUAAAAUAAACAAAACAACAACAAAAAGAACAUGUACCUGAUAGUGGAGUUCAUCGGAGAAGGGAGUACCGGUCCUGUAGCAAAGUCCUGGUACUCAGAUGGCCACUCAUGGUGGCCUCCAUACAAAGACUUGGACCGGUUACUAAAGAGCGUCAGGUUGAUGGAGGCACCACAGCCAGAUAAGGGUUGGACCAAGCAUCAGGCCAGAAUUCUACAUGAGUCGGCAUCAUUUGACAACAUUUCCAGAAAAUGGAAAAGGGCAUGCUACACUUCUGACAUCUCAGAAUCUGAAAAUUCUAUAAAAAGAAUUCACAAAAAGAAAACAUUCUCAUCAGAUGAUGAGCUUCAUGAAACCCCCAACAAAAAAAUAAAAAUUAAUAGAGACAAAAAUCCACCUACACCAAAAAUCCAGCCCGCACCAAAAGCCCCGCCUGCACCAAAACCUCCAGCACCUCUAAAAUACAUCAAGACAAAAGGUCCUGUUGUACGACCUCUGCUUACAACAAGCAAAGCAGUGAACUCUUUCAGCAAUUCACUUGUUAAUCACCACCAAAGGGCCAUGGAGAAGCCACAGCAGGCCCGUUUUGAGACUUUCCCCAGCUGUCAAGCUCCAGAUGUUCCCAUGAGCUUCUCCCAGGCAGAUGAGCCACAAGAUGCUUGGGGUGAACACUCACCUGACAUUCAAGAGAAUGCAUUUUCUUUGCUGAGACCUUCAAGUUCCAAGCAAGAAAGAACACAGCACCGCCAACUGGAAACUUGGGAAGAACACCCAUCUAUCACUCAAGAGAACAAAUUCUCUGCCUUAAGACUCUCUCAAGACCAAAGACCAUCAACCACACAACAAGGAAGAAUGCAAACUGUUCCAGUGAGCUUGUCCAAUGAAAAUGAGCAAGAGGAUGCUUGGGGUGAACACCCAUCUAACUUUCAAGAGAACACAAUCUCUGAACAGAGAUCCUCAAGUACCCACCAGCCAAGAACAAAUAGUGCUUCUGGUGUGAGACGAUGGAGCUGCAUCACUAAUCAAUGUACACCUGUUGAGAGGACAAUUCUGAAAGCACUUAAUGAACUGGACAUGAAGAUCAAUCAUCUGACUUCAGUGGUCCAGUCCCUUGCAGCAAACAACCGUUCCAGUGCUCCAGUGGUGGACAGCGAGGAUGAUGUCUUUCCUCUCACACCCUGGAGGAACUAG